AUGAAGGCGGGCGGGGAGGCGCCGCACCAGGUGCUGGGCCGGCUGCGGUUCCUGCUGCAGUGCAGCGAGUGCUUCCGCCGCGCCCGGGCGCUGCCCGCCGCGCUCUGUUACGUGCCGCGGGAGGUGCAGUACAAGAUCUGCAAGGACCCCUCGGCCGCCGCCGCCGCCGCCGCCCGCAGCCUGCUGAGCGUGUGGGACAGCCCGGGGCCGGCGCGGGGCGGCAAGCGGGCGGCGCGGGCCACCAUCGAGGUGCGGAAGGGCGGCUGCCUGCGCGCCACCGGCGAGGAGUACUGCAACGGCGCCGGGCUCUGGGUCAAGCUCAGCAAGGAGCAGCUGGAGGAGUACCGGAGCGGCUGCGAUCUAGAGGAGGGAUGGGUGCUGGUGUGCAAGCACGCCGACGGCGGGGACCGGCUGGUGCCCGUGGAGUCCACGGAGCGGAUCCAGCGGCAACAGCAGCUCUUUGGGGUGGACUACAAACCCGUCAUCAGAUGGGAGCAGGUGGUGGAUCUGACAUACUCCCUGCGCCUCGGAGCAAAGCCCAGGCCCAUGGAGCAGGAUGAGGCUGCAGUAGAGAAGCUUCGGUUUGUGCCCCCAACGUGGACUUACGAAUGUGAUGAAGAUCUGGUACAUUUUCUAUAUGACCACAUUGGCAAGGAGGAUGAGAACUUGGGCAGCGUUAAGCAGUAUGUGGACAGCAUCGAUGUCUCGUCAUACACGGAAGACUUCAAUGUGUCAUGCCUGACUGACAGCCACGCUGACACAUACUGGGAGAGUGAUGGGUCCCAGGGCCAGCAUUGGGUGCGGCUCAACAUGAAGAAAGGCACCAUUGUCAAGAAGCUGCUGCUGACAGUGGAUACCACUGAUGAGAACUUCAUGCCCAAGCGGGUUGCUGUSUAUGGUGGCGAGGGGGACAAUCUGAAGAAACUGAAUGACGUCGGCAUUGAUGAGAGCUACAUUGGGGAUGUGUGCAUCCUUGAGGACAUGACAACACACCUGCCUGUCAUCGAGAUCCGGAUUGUGGAGUGCAGAGAUGAUGGGAUUGAUGUUCGUAUCCGAGGCAUCAAAAUCAAAUCCUCCCGACAGAGGGACUUGGGGCUCAGUGCUGACAUGUUCCAGCUGCCCAAUUUGGUGCGUUAUCCUCGCCUAGAAGGGACUGACCCUGACCUGCUCUACCGACGGGCCGUGCUCAUUCAAAGGUUCAUCAAGCUCCUGGACAGUGUGCUGCAUCACUUGGUUCCAGCCUGGGACCACACUGUUGGCACAUUCAGCAAACUCAAGCACAUCAAGCAGUUCUUGCUGCUGUCCAAGAAGCGCACAGCUCUCAUUACCCAGUGUCUGAAGGACUCUGAGACCAGCAAGCCCAACUUCAUGCCAAGRCUCUACAUUAACCGACGCCUGGCCAUGGAGCACCGGGACAACCCUGCCCUGGACCCCAGCUGCAAGAAUGCUGUCUUCACCCAGGUAUAUGAAGGCCUGAAACCCUCAGACAAAUUUGAAAAACCUCUAGAUUAUAGGUGGCCGUUGCGUUAUGACCAGUGGUGGGAGUGCAAAUUUAUCGCAGAGGGCAUCAUCGACCAAGGUGGUGGUUUUCGGGACAGCCUGGCAGACAUGUCAGAGGAGCUGUGCCCCAGCUCAGCAGACACCCCCGUGCCUCUGCCCUUCUUUGUGCGCACGUCCAACCAGGGUAACGGCACUGGAGAAGCCAGGGACAUGUAUGUCCCCAACCCCUCCUGUAAAGACUUCCCAAAGUAUGAGUGGAUCGGGCAGAUCAUGGGAGCAGCUCUGAGGGGCAAAGAGUUUCUGGUCCUGGCUCUUCCUGGCUUUGUAUGGAAACAAUUAACGGGRGAAGAGGUCAGCUGGAACAAAGACUUCCCUGCUGUGGACUCUGUGUUGGUGAAGCUCCUGGAGGUGAUGGAAGUCAUGGACAAAGACACCUUUGAGUUCAAAUUUGGGAAUGAGCUGACUUACACAACAGUGCUSAGUGACCAGCGCAUGGUGGAGCUGAUCCCCAAUGGCAGCAACACCGCCGUGYGCUACGAGGACCGCAAGGAGUUCAUCCGCCUGGUGCAAAAGGCUCGGCUGGAGGAGAGCAAGGAGCAGAUCAUGGCCAUGCAGGCUGGGCUGCUGAAGGUGGUGCCCCAAGCUGUUCUUGACCUUCUUACAUGGCAGGAACUGGAAAAAAAGGUCUGUGGAGAUCCAGAAGUCACGGUUGAUGCCCUGAAGAAGCUCACCCGGUUUGAGGACUUUGAGCCACAGGACACCCGUGUGCAGUACUUCUGGGAAGCACUCAACAACUUCACCAAUGAGGAUCGCAGUCGCUUCCUCAGAUUUGUCACUGGCAGAAGCCGCCUUCCAGCACGGAUCUACAUCUAUCCAGACAAGAUGGGCUCAGAGACCACAGAUGCUUUGCCUGAGUCAUCCACCUGCUCCAGCACUCUCUUCUUGCCCAACUAUGCCACAGCCAAGGUAUGUGAAGAGAAGUUGCGCUAUGCUGCCUAUAACUGCGUGGCCAUUGACACAGAUAUGAGUCCGUGGGAAGAGUGAUGUUGCAGCCUGACCAAGCAGCAUGGACAAUCGUUCAAGAAAGCCAUGCAGUGGAAAGAGUUCCCUUGUCCCCACGGGAUGUGUAUAUAUAAUAAAUAYAUAGGUGUGAAGCCUGGCUCCCAGCAGUGGACAUGGAGGGUUGGGUCUUCAGCAGGGUGGGAGCUAGCUCGGAUUGUAAAUGCGUGAAUGUGAUUGCAGUGAUGGAACCCUGGCUGAGCACUCAUGCGUUGGAAAGGUCUGGUAGGCUUUUGUAAUGAGAUUCUUCUCCACGUGUUCUUGUAGUUCCACAAUUCUCACUCAUUCCAGGCUGCACUCUGCUCAAACAAAAGUGGGGUAGGGAGACAAAGCAGCACAGCAGCUUAGGGCACAAGACAGGGAGCUUUGAGCUGCUGCUGAGACUACAGGGUGGCUGAGAUGCUCGGUGUGUCCUGAUCACACUCCUUUGCCCUUGUUCCUGCUCUUGCAUGAGGUCAAUGGAAACCAGAUCAUUCAGCCAGGAUUAAGAAGAAUGGGGCAGGCUGGUGGCAGGUGCUGCAGGGGUGRCUUUGGCCACCAGGUGUCAGAACAGACCUGCACAGCAGGACUGUGGGYGCUUCCAAAGGGAUUCUCAUGCUUUUACAUCACACAAAAUCUGAGGUCCUGUGGUUCCUUGACCUCUUGCACAGCAACAACUGCUGGGGAAGUUGUUCCCUCACAGUGAGUGGGAACUGUCUGCUUCCCUUUUGUUCUUUUAGWUCUUCAUCCAGCAUGCUGGUGGCCUGGCAGCUAUUCUCCCAGACUCUUUGAGCCUCAGUUUACCCCUGAAAGCCAGUAGUAAAAUGAAUCUUUUCUAGUUCUUGUGGAAAUCUGCCAUCAGGUCCRAGUUCAUCUUCCAGACUGCAGAGGUUAGAACAGUAACAGGCAUGGCAGCACCAGGCUCUGCUCCCCUCGUCCAUGGGAAGGGAGGUGGAGGUUUCAGGUGGAACAAGAGAAGUGUUUGCCCUAGGGCAGUGUAGAAACUGGGUACCAAGAGUUGGAGCUCCUUGAGCAGAUGGACACAUGCUGUGUGAGUGAGGAGUGGGCAAUGAAACCUUUAUAACUUUAAGACCAUUGGAAACAUUCGUGCAUCUUUCCAGCUCUGGGCAGGGCUAGUCAUUGGCUAGCACUGGGAGCUACUAGAUGUUMAUCUACAUUUAUACCUCCAGCUCCAUCUUCAGCCUGUUGGACUACCACUACUAUGAGUCACAGAGUCACUGGAGCUGCACUAGAGCAGGGCUGGUGCUGUGAGUUAAGAUUUAUCCUGUCUUAAUGUUUCAUGGCUUCUCCUCUACUGAAGGAGUCUGUCAUCCAGAAAUCACUUCCAAUUGCAAACAGAGUCAUUUUUUCACGAGUUUGCUUUGAAACUUGUGUUCCUACACCUGCCAAGGAGGGUUGUGCUAAAAAGGAUGUAGGAUCAGRAAGGAGCAUGUGCUGCCAUCUCCUGCAUCAUGGUGAGUGGAGAGAGCACAGGGUGAAUGGGGAGGCUGUUUAUGGCAGCCCUUGCCUGCAGCAAGGCCUUCCAUGCUCAGCUGGGUGGGUGUGAAGGACGAGGUUUUCUGUCUGCUGGAGGAAGUUUUCUGUAAAUACUAGAGUUGUCUCAGAAUUGAUCUCUUUGGCUUUGUGGCUGAUUCCAACCACUGAUUCACCAGUGUGGACGGGAACARGAGCAGAGCCAGUGUGAUACUCUUGCGUGCUGGUGGCUGAGUCACUUCCUAGGGUGUCUGUUAUAAAUGGGCAUGAGCAAGCUGGUAAAAGGACUUUGAUCGCCUGGCUUGU